ACAACGACAAACUACUUUGCUACCGGGCAACGAUCGAUUUAAUUUGGAGCAGCCCUGGAGACGAUUUUCUGUUAGUUUUCUGAUUGAUUUUAGAAUCCGGAAUCGUUGUUUCCCGCAUUUUCAAGUUCGUAGUCGUGCAAGUUUAUUGUGAAGACCAGUUUAUCAGCGAAAACCAUAAGAUGGACAGUGUUAAGUACCGCAUGUUGGGUGCUCACUUAGCCAAUGAAAAUCUGAUUAUCACGUCACUGGUACCACCUCGUCAUACAAUCAAUGAGUGGAAUGAGAACCUGCGAUUCAAUACUAACUUAUCGGAAGCCCAAGAAAAAUUGGGUCAUCGAGUUUUAUCAGAGGCUGAUGCCCUAAUCGAAGGUUCUCGGAUCAAAACCCAACAAAAUAAGGAAGAAGUCGAUUUUCGGACCAAGCAACGAAUCGAAGAAAUCAAAUUCCUCAUCGAUGAGUUGAAGAAGCAAAAACAAGUGGCUUUGAUUGAGGAAGAAUCCUUGAAGGUCUAUCGGCAACGCAUCAUGAACGCAAUCGAUGCCUUGAAAGUGGAUUCCUUGCGUAUUUGUAAUCAGUGCAUCAUGUUGAGGGAAAAUAGGCUCGGCAUUGAGCUCGUUGAUGACCAGGUGGACAGGACCCUUCGACAUGAGCUGAAAGUAAUUCAAGGUUGCCAAGUUCUGAUGGAUAGAACAUUACAAGAAACCACGGAACAGAUACGUCGCUUGCGUGCCACCAUUUAUCUUCUGGACCGGGAUCUGAGUAACAAAGAUAUUUCACUUCAAAUCGAUGAGUCGAACUUAUUGUUGCGAGAGAAUCAAAUGGAAAUGAGUGUUUAUCGAGGAAAGAUUCCAUUGGAAAGAUGUGCCACCAACAUCCAAGAAUGGGAAUACCUAACAAACGAAAACAUACAAAACACUGCCAAGGAGUUAAAUUCCGCCACUCAGCUCCGCACAUAUGUUGAUAUCCUUCUCCAGCAAGUCAUCGAUGAUCUCAAGGAGCAAACCAACAAAACCAACGAAGCUUUCCAAUGCCGUAUCGACGAAAUCAAAAGUGCCAAAAAAGUAUUGGAGUCCAUCCACUACCAAACAGUCAAUGAAGUCAACGAAAUUGGUCGCAAGAUUACUGACUUAGAAAGGGCUCUGGCCGAGAAAGAAGGAUACUUGGCGUUGUGUCAAAUGCGGACUGCGAACCGAGCUCAACGUCCGGGAAUGGAAUCAACAUGCGAUGCAGUCCAGGAUGCCCUACGUGAUGAGCUGAAUGAUCUGAACAAAGAUAUUGCCAAUUUGAAUCAAAUGAUUGCUGAGGCUAAGGCCUCCCAGAGGUAUUUGUUGCAUUGUCAAGUUCUCCAGGAAGAGGAGAUCAAUAACAAGACUAACAGCUUGAAAAUUGACGAAGUUGACUGUAUGACAUUGCGGCAGGGAUUGCUAUACAAUUCUUUUUAACGAGGACAAUAUUGAUCGAUUUUAUUUUUAUCUAGUUUUGUUGUAAAUGUAAAUUCAGAAUGUUCAAUAAAUAUUUGAAAACAUCAA